GAUGCCGCGUUUCCCAACGCCUCUGUGCUCUGCUCAGUGCUCCCGUCACCUCUGCGCGCGGCUGCCCUGAGUGCCCUCGCUAUUUCGUCGGCUUCGCUUUACUCUCUCUUCCUCGAUUGGAUCUCGAGGAAGCGCCGGUCGUAGAGGGAGAAGGUCAUCCAUCAAUGAUUCUCUCUUGAAGUCGCUUUCGCCAUCGAUAACAUCCGUAAUGGGGAUUCCUCUUGUGUUGGUUUUAGUCAAGUACCGGAUCUGAAGCACAGCGAUCGUAAUCGGAGGGCUCGGUGAAGGAGAGAGCGGAAGUCCGCUUCUGGUUCUGCUGCUACCGCCCCUUUUGAGACCUCUGGAGAUGGAGCCUUCGAGAGCAGCGCCGCCGCCGCCAAAUUUCGGGUCAGUGGCUCGGACGAUCACCAAGAUCCUCCGCCUGCGAAGGUCAGCCGCCAGCUCUACCGGUGGCUCCGCCGACGCCGCUCCUGACGAUUACGAUGCGAUCCACAAGUUUAAGCUCGCUCGAGACGUCAGAGAUUAUUCUGGCAUCCUCACCGAACCCCCUGACAAAGGCUUCCACAAACCUGAAGAUGAGAAGCGGCAGCUGCAGCAGCAGAAGAGUGGUUCUUCCGGUGAUCUGGAGGCCAUGGAGUCCCUCCUCGCGAACCUCUUCGCCAGCAUCUCCGCCGUCAAGGCCGCUUACGCCGAGCUUCAGGUGGCGCAGUCUUCAUAUGAUUCGGAGUUGAUACAGUCUGCGGAUGGUGCUGUCGUUGCCGGGCUGAAACACAUAUCGGUGCUGAAGCAGUCCUUCUUCAGGAACCAGUUCGACCCUCGCACCAAUCCGAUUUUACAGCCGGCUCUCGCCGCGCAGCUCCAAGAGCUGCGCAACCUCACCAGGACCUACAGCAUCACCACCCACAAGCUGGAGGCCGAGCUCGACCUGAAGGGCUCCGAGAUCCUCGCCCACCAAGCCAGUCUCCUCGAAUCCGAGAGAAAGGCCCAGGCUUUGGAUGCCAAGCUCCAUCCCAACCGCUCUCUCGCCGCACUCGACGGUCUCCACCUUUCCGGCCUCAACCCCACACAUUUCCUCACUGCGCUGCGCUACGCCUUCAAAUCGAUCAGAUUCUUCGUCCAACUAAUGGUGAAGGAGAUGGAUUCUGCCGGUUGGGACCUAGACACUGCCGCCGGCUCCAUCCAACCGGACGUGCUCCGCGAAAAAGAGCCCAGCCACCGGACCUUUGCAUUCGAAUCCUACGUCUGCCUGAGGAUGUUCUCCGACUUACACCACCAAAACUUCGGUAUUGGCACGUUGGAGGAAUGCUUGGCGUGGGAUCGCCGACAAUUCUUCAACGAAUUCACCAGGCUCAAGUCAAUUGCGAUGAACCAGAGUCUAGGCGGCCUGCCGUCGCCGGUGGCGCGGUUCUGCAGGGCCAAGUACUUAUCGCUGGUGCAUCCGAAGAUGGAAUCCUCCUUAUUCGGUGACCUUGAUCAGAGGGCGAUGGUGAGCUCGGGACGGGGCUUUCCGGGCUCCGAGUUCUUUGCCGCGUUUGCGGAGAUGUCUAGACGAAUGUGGCUCCUCCAUUGCCUCUUCUUCUCGUUCGAGCCGGAUACCGAGCGGUCCAUCUUCCAGGUAGGACGAGGGAGCCGGUUCUCCGAUGUGUACAUGGAAAGCGUGACGGCGGCUGAGAGCAAAGACAAGGGCGGUGUCGGCGGCGCCGAGGGGGCUGGGUCAGGUCGAGGCACCGCGGUGGGAUUCACCGUAGUCCCCGGGUUCAAAGUGGGCCGAACGCUGAUCCAGAGCAAGGUCUACCUCAUCACGGUUGACGCCAAGGUAAACUUACGGUUGUGAUCGUGUGUAACGCCCAUCCAACGGCUGCGGAAGCAUCAGGCUUACUGUUUUUGGGUACGGUAAAGGUAGUUAGGAGACUUAAGUAGAAGCUUCUAUGUUAUCAACAGUGUACAAAGUGCCAUAAUGGUGUAAUACUAUAGCUUUUGUGGCGAGUAAUUGUUAAGUACAUGUUCGUGAUGGA